CACUCCCUGCCUCCACCCGCCCGCCCAGUGCCUCUUGUCUGGCUGCUGCCGGGAGCUGACCACCUUCAGGGCUGGAAUCCUGUGCUCCCUCUGUGCCCAGAGCUCGCCAUGUCGGCCAAUGUCUCCAUGAAGCCUCUCUGCCCCAUCCUGGAGCAGAUGAGCCGCCUCCAAAGCCACAGCAACUCCAGCAUCCGCUAUAUCGACUACGCAUCUGUGGUGCUGCACGGGCUGGCCUCGCUGCUGGGCCUCCUGGAGAAUGGACUCAUCCUCUUCCUGGUGGGCUGCCGCAUGCGACAGACUGUGGUCACCACCUGGGUGCUGCACCUGGCGCUCUCCGACCUGCUGGCCUCCGCCUCCCUGCCCUUCUUCACCUAUUUCCUGGCCGUGGGCCACUCCUGGGAGCUGGGCACCAUCUUCUGCAAACUGCACUCCUCCAUCUUCUUCCUCAACAUGUUCGCCAGCGGCUUCCUGCUCAGCGCCAUCAGCCUGGACCGCUGCCUGCAGGUGGUGCGGCCCGUGUGGGCGCAGAACCACCGCACUGUGGCCGCGGCCCACAAGGUCUGCCUGGUGCUCUGGGCCCUGGCCGUGCUCAACACCGUGCCCUACUUCGUGUUCCGGGACACCAUCCCGCGCCUGGACGGGCGCAUCAUGUGCUACUACAACGUGCUGAUCCUAAACCCCGGGCCUGACCGCGACGCCACGUGCAACUCGCGCCAGGCGGCCCUGGCCGUCAGCAAGUUCCUGCUGGCCUUCCUGGUGCCUCUGGCCAUCAUCGCCUCGAGCCACGCGGCCGUGAGCAUGCAGCUGCGCCACCGCGGCCGCCGGCGGCCCGGCCGCUUCGUGCGCCUGGUGGCGGCCGUGGUGGCGGCCUUCGCGCUCUGCUGGGGGCCCUACCACGUCUUCAGCCUGCUGGAGGCGCGGGCGCACGGCGACAAGGCGCUGCGGCCGCUCGUGUGGCGCGGGCUGCCCUUCGUCAGCAGCCUGGCCUUCUUCAACAGCGUGGUCAACCCGCUGCUCUACGUGCUCACCUGCCCCGACGUGCUGCGCAAGCUGCGGCGCUCGCUGCGCAGCGUGCUGGAGAGCGUGCUGGUGGACGAGAGCGAGCUCGGCGGCGCGGGCAGCAGCCGCCGCCGCCGCACGUCCUCCACCGCCAACUCCGCCUCCUCCGUGCCGCUCGCCGGCCGCGGCUUGUCUCCGGCCCGGUCCGCGCGCCUGCUUGGCUGGCUGCGGGGAGGCCGCGCUACGUCCCCGCAGAGGGGCCAGGCCCGCUCCCAGGACAAGAAGGGCCCCCUGAACCGGGCCUGAGCGGCACCUGCAGUUAGAAGCGCGGGCCCGGAAUCGCCAUGCUCCCCGGAAGGCCAAGGCUGGGCAGCCGCCAAACGCCAACGCGUCCCGAGGGGGCCAUCAUUAAAAUGUAGAUAUCUUGGCUCCAGCCUCGGAGAUCGUGGUCCAAGGUCAGGACCCGGGAAUCUGCAUUUUAAAGCGGCCCUGCAUGAUUCCGGGAAUGAAUUCUUUUCAGAAUCAAAGUGAGUUAAAGCAGUGCUUCUCAAACUUUUUACUGUGUGUGAGUCACCUAGGAAUCCUGUUAAAGUGCAGGCUGAUUCAGCAGGCUGGGGCAGGGGUGCUGAGCCUGCGUUUCUAACAAGCUCCCAGG